AUGCUAGCUGCUCAUUGCCACCGAGGUAACAGCUCCAUCCCUGAGCAGUCGGAGCCGUGUCUGGUGAGCUGCGAGCUGCCGUGCGUGGUGUCGCAGUGGUCUCGCUGGUCGGCCUGCGACCACGCGUGUUCUGCGAGGACGAGGACCAGAGAGCUCAUUGGCCUGUCGGCGACCCGCCCCGUCUGCAGAGACCCCAGCCGCUUCCCGCUGGUCGAGUCGCAGCCGUGUCCUUGCGACCGCUACGUGCUGCGACCAAUCGGAGACUGGUCCGACUGCAUCCUGGAGCACGACAUAGUGGCCGUGUCGGCCAAUGGGCGGCCGGCGCUGGGCGUGUGCGGCUCCGGCGCCAGAUACAGGAGACACGGCUGCUACAACAGAGAUGGCGCCCUGGUCGAUCCGAGGCUCUGUGGCAGACAGAGUGGGCUGGAGGAGGAACCAUGCCUUGUGCCAUGCCCUGUCGACUGUGUCUUGAGUGAGUGGACGGCCUGGGGCGAGUGUUCUGCCCUCUGCGGCCCAGGGAUGCAGAACAGGACAAGGAAGGUGCUUCGAGCCACCGCCAGCUCGGGCCGGCCCUGCGAGGAGACGAUCCAGCACAAGGUGUGCCACGAGCCGUGCCACAACUUCCAGUGGUUCGCUGGCGGCUGGAGCGAGUGCCAGCUGAUUGGAGCCGACCAGAACAGAGGGUGUGGCACGGGAGACCAGUUCAGACAUGUCAGGUGCAUGCAGCGGCGCCUACACGACCUGCCCCUGGAGAAGGCGGACCAGUACUGCGACCGGGUGACUCAGCCACCUGACAUCAACGCCUGCCACGUGGCAUGUCCCGGAGAGUGCGUGCUGGGGCCGUGGUCGGACUGGUCUGAGUGCUCGCAGCCCUGCGCCCGCAGCGCAGAGAGGCAGCGCACUCGCUCUGUGCUGCGCGCUCCGGCCAGCAGUGAGGCGACCUGUCCGCCGCAGAUAGAGGUGCAGUCCUGCCGCCUCAACCUCACCUGCUUCUCCUACUCCUGGCACUGGAGCGACUACUCGUCCUGCCUGCCGCUGGGAGGCAGUCCCUGCGGCGAGGGUGUGCAGUCGCGCACUGUGACUUGUCUGCGCAGCGACGGUCGCUCUGUGCCUGACAGCUUGUGUGAGGACCAGACGCGGCCAGCUCCUACAGAGAAGUGGUGUUACGUGGACUGCCCUGUGGACUGCGAGGUGUCGCAGUGGACGGCUUGGAACAGCUCAGAGUGCCAGUGUGGCAGUACAGGUUCCGUGAUGACGCGGGUGCGGCACGUCGUGACGAACCCCAGCGAGAAGGGUCGGCCUUGCCCCAGGCCGCUGGCGCAGCGCAAGCCGUGCGCCGCCACGCCGUGCUACUCGUGGGCGCGCGGCGCCUGGGCCGCCUGCGACCUGCAGGUGAGUGCCGAGGUGUGCCGAGCCCCGGGUCCUGCGCAGGGCGCGUGGUGCGGCCACGGGGCAGUCUUGCGCACCGUGAGCUGUCUGCGCGGCGCGGAGCGCGUGGAGGAGCGGCUCUGCGGCCCCGGCGCAGACCUGCGCACCAGCGACUCGUGCUACGUGCUACGUGCUACGUGCUGUGUGCGCAGGGCGCGUGGUGCGGCCACGGGGCCGUCUCGCGCAACACCUGCGCGCCAGCGACUCGUGCUACGUGCUACGUGCUACGUGCUGUGUGCGCAGGGCGCGUGGUGCGGCCACGGGGCCGUCUCGCGCAACGUGAGCUGUCUGCGCGGUGCGGAGCGCGUGGAGGAGCGGCUCUGCGGCCCCGGCGCAGACCUGCGCGCCAGCGACUCGUGCUACGUGCCGUGCCGCGGCGACUGCCAGGUGUCGGAGUGGAGCCACUGGUCGCACUGCCACCGCAACUGCCAGGGCCCUGACGUCGGUGGGUACCAAACACGGUCGCGCGCCGUGCUGAGACCGCCGGCAGAUGGCGGUGAGCCGUGUCCCACAGCGCUGUGGGAAACGAGGCCUUGCUUCACGGGUCCGUGUCUCAUCUUCGACUGGGCGCUCACGGAGGAUGGUCACAUUACUUGUCAGCGCUCAGACGGCGUCAUGGUGGUGGGUGGCUGUGACGGGAAGCCAAAGCCGUGCCCACUGAGCUGCGACGCUGUUGACCACUCCAUGUGCGACCCUCAGGCUGGCUUGUGCACAUGCGCACCGGGAUACCUUGCACUCGGCUAUGACCACAGAGGUCAUGUGACCACGUGCACGCCGCUAGCCAUCACCGACCCCGCGCUGCGUCACAGAGUAGGCCACAGUGCCACAGAGUUUACAGCUGCGCCUGAUGAGAUCCAGUCCAGAUACUACUACCCAAAAGAUGAAGAUAUAAAUGUAUGGAUGUUCGCGAUGAUUGGCAUUGGCUGUGUAUUUAUUGUAUUCGUUGCAGUUUCCAUAUAUCUUAUGUGCCACAGUUCUGCCGGAGGUCUUGGCGGGCAGCACGAGCCAAUGUUGUCAUCGCGACAAAGCACAAAGCCUUGAUGCGUCACGAUCUCCGUCGGACCCGCUACUCACAGUUCUGCAGGCAGUUCUUCGUGAAAUCAGUACACCUACAGCAAUAGAGAGGCAUGCUGUCAGUGAAGAUUUGUAACACUCGUUGGAGUUGUUGAUAUGUAGUAGCCAUCAUACCUUCCUUGUAUUCAGCUUCUCGUGACAAGGAUAAUUCGGUUUUCUUACGCAAUGAUUGCCCUUUUACUGCAAUAAAUACUAUUUUUACAUUUAAAUAAUUUUACAAAAUGCUAUAUAAAAUUCAUUUAUUUCAUUAGUAUGGAAAUUUUUAUAAAUACAUAAUUGUUUUACCUAAGCAUCCACCUAUGUUAUAUACGAUAAAAUUUGUUAAGUUUGCAGAAAUUAAAUUAUUUACUUUUUGGUGUAAAUAUUAGCUUUCCGUUCGGAACGGAGUAAAGUUUGGUAACGGUGGUUGUGUCUUGAAGACAAUAGAAUAUUAGUGUGAAAAUUUCCUGCCAUGAUGCUUAUUUACAUACACUUGCACAAAUUUUAAUAAGAUUUCAUCCUUAUUUAUGUGUUUUGUGUGUGUGUAUGGGUGCGUUGUCUGUGUUGACCAUAACUUUUACUAAUUGAUAUAACUGUCUGACUGAACUUUGUCGUUUGGUGUUUGAUGUGUUUUGUUCCUACUAAAUUAUUCAUUGGGAUGGAUAACCUGAAGAAGAACAAACGUGUACAAAGAAGACUGACUUGUAGAAGAGGAGCUACGUAGUUUAGUGUGGGACUUUCUGAAGUGCGUGAAUUUGUUUUAUGUAUUACUGAUUUCUCAAAGUAUAAACGGUAACGUUAGCUUUAAGAACAUGAAUUUUCGUGCAUUGAUUACUUUAAGAUAAAAAUGGUCUCACCAUUGGAAAACAAAAAUUUUAUGUUUUACUAUUUGUAGUCAAAACGAUUAUAACAAACUCCUUAAUUUGUGGGGAUUAAAUGUUAACACGCAAAUAACUGAUGUUAUGAUGUAGAUGUAUUGAAAUAACGCUUUUAAGCUCUUAGUAAAUGGCUAAUGAUAUGAAGAGAGUACCGAAAACAUCUUAAAGAUUUUACUGUAUCCGAAAAAGAUGAUAAAAAUAUUAAUAUCAUUCCAAGUGAAAAUUAUUCAUUAAACUAUUUUAAUUUUUUAGCCAUUGCUACAAUUCUAUACCGCUAACUGUUCCUAAUGCUAAGCAUCAUUUCAGUUUAAUAAUUAUUAUUUAGUAUCGUAAAAUAUUACUAAUUAUUUGAAAACGCUUACUGUUAGUGUUUAAAUAAUACCAAGGUUAUUAAAAAAAAAACAUUUGCCUCUACUUACCUUUGUUACUAUUGAUAUUAUCCCUAUUUAGAUUUGUAUUCAUAUCUCAAGAGGGUAAUUACAAAAUUUAUUUAAAAAAAUUGUUAUUCUGUUGUUCAACAUGACAUUGAUAUUAAUCAAUUGUGAAUGUAGGAACAUCCCCCCCUUUUAUGUUAAUUUAUAAAUAUUAUCUAGAGAUAAUUGCAGGUUUACUUUACUAAGCAAACAUAAAUAUAUAAAUGACUAAAUGUCAUUAUAAAAUAAUUUGAAGUACUGUUUAUCUCACGCUGUAACUGUAUGGCAUUUAAACCACUUUUUUAUGUAAGAAUAAUGUUGCAAUGUACAUAUAUUAACAGCAUUCAUGUGUUAGUAAUGUUGUUAUUCUUUAAUAUUUCAUAUGUCAAAGAUACGAAAAUGUGUAUGACUGUUCGAUAAAUGUAAAAAAUUGAAGUUGUAAUAAAUAAAUACGUAAAAAUAUGUAAA